AUGGCCAAGCAUCCAUGGCGUGGCUCGUCACCACCGUCAUCCGGCGCGGGCGCGUCGGAAAUGAAGCUACCGGGGUUCCGGUUCCACCCGACGGAGGAGCUGCUGGAGUUCUACCUGAAGCAGGUGGCGCACGGGCUCCAGCACAUCCAUGGCCACGCUCAGAUCCUCCACCUCUGGCACCAAUGUGCCACGCUCGGCUCCUCCACCUCCAUGGCCACACUCGCCAUUGACACGCGAGUACGAUGUCCCUCCCCUGCUCCUCGGCGAGGAGGUCGUGCAGCACCAGCGCCAUGCCGUUCACCUCCUCCAGGCAGUUCCCCGCCGCCCCUGCGUCUUCCAGUGGAGACGGCCGCACCCGCCGGGGACCUCCCCGGACGCUUCCGCGCGGGCCUCGCCUGCUGCACCCACCCUCUCCUAGCGGUGGUGGACGAGGUGACGAUGGGGCGACGGUGCCGUCGCAACGGGAGGUGA